AUGGCGGAAUUUCUCAUCAAGGACGAGGACCUCAGUCACAUCAAGGGAAAGGUGGUGAUUGUUACGGGAGGCUCAUUCGGUAUAGGCCUAGCAACCGCCAAUUUGCUCCUCUCGUUGGGAGCUUCCGUCGUUAAUGGUGAUAUCCAGCCUCCAGCGGAGGCUGAAUCACACGGGGGUGCUCUCACUUUCGUGGAGACCGAUGUGACCCGGUGGGCAGACCUAGUUGCGCUCUUUAGGAAGGCCAAGGAGGUCCAUGGCCGGAUUGAUCAUGUCUUCGCCAAUGCCGGCAUCGGUCCUCGCGCCGACUACCUGUCAACGGCCGUAGAUGAGAACGGUGACUUGAAGGAGCCUACGUAUGAUCUGCUGGACGUUGGACUCAAGGGCCUUAUGAAUACAGCUACUCUUGCUGUGUAUUACAUUCGUCAGCAAGCUGAAGGUGGCAGCAUCGUGCUGAACGGCUCUACGACUGGCUUACAACGUCUCAGAGCAGUUGAUUAUGCUACUGCCAAACAUGGUGUCUUGGGCUUCGGCAGAGGUCUGAGUACGCUCGUCAAAGUGGCUGGGCUCCCAAUCCGGGUCAAUACUCUGACGCCAACCUGGACGGACAGCAAUGUUCUCCCAAACCUGAAGCAGAUGAUGGAUAAGAUUGGUGUUGAGGUGCAGCCUCCGUCGGCUGUCGGCCGUGCUGCAAUUGCCAUGAUGGCCGAUUCCUCCAGGCAUGGACACGUAAUACACAUUGCGCGGGGGCGAUACAAGGAAAUUGAUGAGGCAGUGCUCUUGCCUGCCUUUGAGUCUAUAAAGGGAGACUAUCCCUGGGAGGAUGAUGUGCUCCGCCGACUGAUGGAGGCCACGGCCAAUUAG